ACAGAAUUAAACUAAAUAUUCAAAAAUAUUUUUCUCUCUUCUCGCUCUUCCACAAAGUCUUAUGACCUGUAAACUUCCCAAUAAUCAUUCCCAGUAUCCCUCCAUCCUUCCAUAGGCCUCCCAGCAUCUCCAUCAUCACCUUCGUCUCCCAAUGAGCUCAGGUCCAUCGCUAUAGCAACUGGUUGCCACGGGCGACGAGACACAGCCAGCGCCAGCGAGCAUCUUCCCCUCAGUUGUUGUCGAAAGGCAGGCGGAGAAGAGAGAAAGGCGAGGCGCCAGCAGAGCGGCGGGGAGAGACACUGAAGAGCUUUCUGUCUUGUCAAAGUAAAACCCGCCAAAUGUUCAGGAAGAUGUAAAAACAACAAGCGGAUCAAGUCGCCCGGAUUGCUCUACCUCUGCUUCCGUCUCCGGAGAAGCUGCGAGAAGAUGGUAACAACUUGUUCACACAGGAAAGUGUCGCUUCAGCUCUCGGCAUCGUCGGAGUUCAGGUGGUGACCCCGACGCCAAAAAAGACAAAAAACCAGCGGCACCGGCACUCGACGCCGCCGCCGCCGCCGCCGCUGUCUCUGCAGGCUUUCAUGCAUUUUCUGAGGCAGCAGCUGCAGCCUGGAGGGAUUCUGAAAUCUCCGAUUUGACUCCUCUGCUGUAAAGAUGGUUUUCAGUGGACAGAUGAGGAUGAUCCCGAACUGAACCAAUCAGAACCAUCGUCUGAACAUGGCGGACGACCUCUACAGCAGCACCUUCUCAGCCUCUGAAUCAGACUUCCCCUCCUCCUCUUCCUCUUCCUCCGCCUCCUUCCUCACGCUCGAGCAAAGGGCGGCUUUCGUCUUCGUCCUCAUCCUCUUCAUUUUCCUCGGCCUACUGAUCGUCCGCUGCUUCCGGAUCCUUUUGGACCCGUACCGCAGCAUGCCGUCGUCUACCUGGACGGACUACAUGGAGAAGGACACGUUUGAUUACCGGAUUUCCUGACAGGCAGCCUGAGAGGCAGCAACCCUGACAACUCAACGCGUAAACUGAGGCAACGAUCACAUUGACCAAUCAUGGCACCAACACUAAUGCACAUUUUCUUAAUUCUGUUUGUUCUACAAAUCAACCAGAGCAGAAUUUAAUUAACUAUUAGUAAAAGAAAUCACAAUCACCUGAAUAAGCUUUGGGUAAAAAAAAAAAUUUAAAAAUCACACUGCAAAAACACAAAAUCCUAUCAAGUAAUUUUGGUCUAAUAAGACAAAUCUAACUUGACAGUAAGUUUUUCAAGAUAUAGAAGCUUGUUUUAAGUAAAUAAUGUAAGUUAAAUAAUCUGUCAAUAGAACAAUAUUGAUAUAG